CGGGCAGCAGGCAUGAUGCCCUCCCCUAGCGACUCCAGCCGCUCGCUGACCAGUCGGCCCAGCACCCGUGGCCUCACCCACCUCCGCCUCCACCGGCCCUGGCUUCAGGCCCUGCUUACCCUCGGGCUGGCGCAGGUGCUCCUGGGCAUCCUGGUGGUCACCUUCAGCAUGGUGGCCUCCUCCGUCACCACCACCGAUAGCGUCAAGAGAUCCUGCCCAUCUUGGGCUGGAUUCUCGCUGGCGUUCUCCGGGGUGGUUGGCAUUGUGUCCUGGAAGCGGCCAUUCACUCUAGUGAUCUCCUUCUUUUCUCUGCUCUCGGUGCUCUGUGUCAUGCUCAGCAUGGCUGGCUCUGUGCUGUCCUGCAAGAACGCUCAGCUGGCCCGAGACUUCCAGGAAUGUUCCAUGGAAGGGAAAGUCUGUGUAUGCUGCCCCUCCAUCCGCCUUCUCCGGCCCUGCCCAGAGUCUGGGCAGGAGCUGAAAGUUGCUCUCAACUCUACCUGUGAGGAAGCCCGGGGAGCUCUCAAGAACUUGCUCUUCAGCGUGUGUGGACUCACCGUCUGUGCUGCUGUGGUCUGCACCCUAUCCGCCAUUAUCUGCUGCGUCCAGAUCUUCUCCCUGGACCUCGUGCAAACACAGCUGGCCCCAGAGCACUCUGUCUCUGGCCCCCUGGGCUCCCUGGGCUGUGUAUCCUCGCCCCCUGUCCCUCUGCCACACACCAUGCUGGAUCUGGAGGAGUUUGUGCCGCCUGUGCCCCCACCCCCCUAUUACCCCCCAGAAUACACCUGCAGCUCAGAGACUGACGCACAGAGCAUUACUUACAAUGGCUCCAUGGACAGCCCGGUGCCCCUGUACCCUACUGACUGCCCCCCUUCUUAUGAGGCUGUUAUGGGGCUUCGAGGUGACAGCCAGGCCACUCUCUUCGACCCUCAGUUUCACGAUAGCUCCUGUGUCUGUGACCGAGUGGCCUCCAUCGUGGACGUGUCCAUGGACAGCGGGUCUCUGGUGCUGUCGGCCAUCGGGGACCUGCCCGGGGGCUCCAGCCCUUCGGAAGACUCGUGUCUGCUGGAGCUGCAGGGCUCGGUGCGCUCGGUGGACUACGUGCUCUUCCGCUCCAUCCAACGCAGCCGCGCCGGCUACUGCCUGAGCCUGGACUGCGGCUUGCGUGGCCCCUUCGAGGACAGUCCCCUGCCCCGCCGGCCCCCGCGCGCCGCCCGCUCCUACUCCUGCUCUGCUCCCGAGGCCCCGCCCGCGCCCGGCGUGCCAGCCGCCGCCCGCAGCUGCCACCGCCUGGAGGGCUGGCCGCCCUGGGCCGGGCCCUGCUUCCCCGAGCUGCGGCGCCGCAUCCCCCGGGCGGCCAGCAGGCCCACAACCACCCCCCGCACAGCCCCACGGCGCUUCAGUGACAGCUCGGGCUCGCUCACCCCGCCCGGGCACCGACCAACAUGCCCCGGGCCCCCAUCCCCACUGUCGCUGCCCCGCUCCCACAGUGACCCGGGCAUCUCCACCUUCAGCCACACAGCUGACUUCAGGGACAUUUAUACCGAAGUGCUUGAGGAAGAAGCUGCUUCCAUUUCCUCUACAGACACAGGACUCUGUUCUGAAGCCUGCCUCUUCCAUCUAGCCCCAUGUCCUUCCCCCAAGCUGCUACGUGCCUGCUCAGCUGAGAAGCGCCGCCCUGUGCCCACCUUCCAGAAGGUGCCUCUACCUUCCGGCCCUGUACCUGCCCGCUCCCUGGGGGACCUGAAGGGCAGCUGGCCAGGUCGGGGCUUGGUCACUCGCUUCCUCCAGAUGUCCAGGAAGGUCCCGGGCCCCAAUGGAAAUGGAAGCCAUGGGCAAAAGCAGGUGCCAAGGAGCCCCUGGGGACGGCCAGGCAGGGAAAGCCUCCACCUCCGCAGCUGUGGUGACCUGAGUUCUGGCCCUUCCCUGCGGCGCCUCCUCUCUGCCCGCAGGCUGGAGCGAGGGAACCGUCCCCACAGCCUCAGCCUUAAUGGAGGCAGCCGGGAGACCGGGCUCUAACUAAGCAGCUCCACCAAAUGCCUCUGCCACAGGCACUAGCUGAUUGGGUGCAGUGGCCCCCUGUACCCCCUCAUACUGGCUGGCAUUGUGGGAAACGUGCUGAGCAACCCCAGAAGUGUCCCAAGCCCUCCCGCCUUCAGGGCCUCUGCUGCUUCCUCUGCCUCUGCCAUGGGGGCUGCUGUGUUGUGCUGCAUGGGCUUUGGGGCUGCAGAAAGACACCCUGCUUACAGCACUGGAAGGGGAAAUGGCAGAAAGCCCCCCAGACCAAAGAGGAGUUCUGUCUGAUCUGUCAGGGACUCUGGGACCAGGGUGGAGUUGUAUCCUGGGGGGGGGGGGGGACUAAGGAGCUGUGUGCUUGGAUGACAGGGCAGUGAGGCUCGGAGCUAAGAGGUGGGGCACUCUGGGUGGCUCUCAGUUCUGCCACCUCUAGCUGCAUGACCUCAAGCAAGUUAUUUAACCUCAGUUGCCUGAUCCGUGAACCUAUGCGGACGAAUGUUUGUGAAGCUCAUGACACACUUAAGUAAGCCUUCAAUAAAUUUCACUUCUUCCCAUC